AAUCAAUAAAAUUCAUAAUCCUAAUGUUCUUAACUCGUUUUCACUACUAAAAAGAAAUAUUAAUCUUUGAAUACUUGGACUGGUUUUUAUGUCUCUUUCACUGUGUUGCGUUUUUGCUUUCUCUUCCAACACUUCAUGACGUCAUCAAUUCCUUCCAUGGAACUCCCCUCUUCAACUUCCAAACUCUCACGGAUGUACGACGUGCUCAUCAACUUUACUGGAGAAGACAUCCGUAGAAAAUUUGUUUCUCAUCUCGAUUCUGCGCUCUCGGCUAAUGGGCUCACCACUUUCCUUUACCAUGACAAUGCAGUAAAGCCAAUGCACAUCCAAGAACCUAUUCUGAAUCUGUGUCGGGUAGCAAUUGUUGUUUUCACCGAAUCCUAUUCUCAAUCUGCUUGGUGUCUUCAUCAGCUUCAACAAAUUAUUGAAUGGCACGAAACUUAUUGCCGACAUGUUCUGCCGGUAUAUUACGAAAUUCAGCCAUUGGAUGUACGUCUUCAGAAGGGUGAUUUUGGAAAAGCCUUCAAAGCAACUGCACACCAAACAUUUUCAGCACAAGAACUGGAGCAUGCCAUGUCUAGGUGGAGUCACGCAAUCACCAAAACUGCAAAUUUCUUUGGAUGGGAUGAUUGCAACUACAGGAGUGAUGCUGAACUAGUGGACACAAUAGUUAAGAGCGUUCUUAAUUUACCAGUCUUGUCGGCUACUAGAUUUCCAGUUGGAUUACAAUCUCACGUGAAAGAUGUAAUUGAAAUUAUAAAAAAUAAAUCAAUGGAAGUUUGUUGGAUAGGGAUAUGUGGAAUGGGAGGAUCUGGUAAAACCACCCUUGCCAAAGCCAUCUAUAACCAAAUUCAUGGUACAUUCACGGAGAAAAGUUUCAUUGAAGAUACUUCAGAAGUUAUUCGAACAGGAGGGCAUGCUAAGUUACAAGAACAACUUCUUUCUGAUUUGCUAAAGACAGAGGUCAAGAUACAUAGCGUUGAGAUGGGGAUAAGUAUGAUUCGGGAAAGAUUAUUUGGGAAAAGGGUGCUCAUUAUACUAGAUGAUAUGAAUGAGAAUGAUCCAUUAGACCUAUGGGAAAGUAGUGCAUGGUUAGGUGAAGGAACUGUAAUAAUCAUUACAACAAGAGAUGAAGACCUACUGAGGAGAAAACAAGUUUAUUCUAUUUUUCAGAUAAACGUAAUGAACCCAAACGAGUCCCUUGAGCUUCUUAGUUGGCACGCAUUUAGAGAAGCAAAACCAAAAGAGGAAUACCAUUUCCUUGCAAAAAGAGUAGUUGCUUAUUGUGGAGGACUACCUCUAGCUCUUGAAGUCAUUGGAAGUUAUUUAUACGAGAGGACGAAAGAAGAAUGGAAUAGAGUAUUGUUAAGAUUAGACAAUAUUCCCCAACACGAUGUUCUGCAGAUAUUGAAAAUAAGCUUCGACGGUUUAAGUAAUCAAAAGGAAAAAGAUUUAUUCCUUGAUGUAUGUUGUUUCUUUGUCGGUGAAGGCAGAGCCUAUGUUACGAAGAUCCUUAAUGGCUGUGGAGUAGAUCCUGACAAUGGAAUAAGAGUUCUCAUAGAGCGUAGCCUCAUAAAAGUUAAAAAGAACAACAAAUUUGGAAUACAUCCUUUGCUACUAGAUAUGGGAAGAGAAGUUACUCGUGAAAUUUCAAAAAAGGAACCCCGGAACAAUAGGCUGUGGCUUGAUGAGGAUACGAAAUAUGCAGUCUCAGAGAAUACUCUCUUUUCAUCACAGGGGACAAAAGUCAUUCGGAGAAUGCCUACCAGAAGUUAUUUCUUCGACCCUUAUCCUUUAGCGGUAAGAGACCCCUUUUCAUCACUGGGGACAAAAGUCAGUCUGGGAUUGCUUACCAAAAAUUAUUUCUUCGAACCUUAUCCUGUAGAGGUAAGAGACCCAUCGAGAUUGCUGAAAAUUGCUGGAGAUUCUGAGUACCUUCAUAAGAAACUGAGAUGGAUCAGUUUCCAAGGGUUUUCUUCAGAAUACCUACCUAACGACUUUUAUCUGCAUGAUGCAAUAGCGAUUGACUUAAAACACAGUCUUCUUCGAUUAGUCUGGAAAGAACCCCAGGUUUUGGCGUUGCUGAAAGUCCUUAAUCUUAGUCACUCAAAGAACUUGAGAGAAACCCCUGACUUUUCGAGACUACCAAGUCUUGAACAUCUCAUUCUCAAAGAUUGUCCAAAAUUGAACAAAGUACACCAAUCUAUUGGUUUUCUCUGCAAUCUUACACUGCUAAAUUUGGAGGACUGUACAAGUCUAAGCAAUCUCCCCAGAGAGAUAUAUAUGUUGAAAUCUAUAAAAACUCUCAUUCUUUCUGGUUGUUCGAAAAUUUUCCUUUUGGAAAAAGAUAUAGUGCAAAUGGAAUCCUUGAUAACUCUAAUUUCUGAAAAUACAGCCGUGAAACAAGUGCCUAUUUCAAUUGCAAGCUCAAAAAGCAUUGGGUAUAUAUCCAUACGUCAAUUAGAGGGACUGUCACGUAAUCUUUUACCUUCUAUCAUUGGUUCUCGAAUGUCGCCAACAAUGAAUCCCCUAUCUUAUAUUCAUUCAUUCAUGGAUAUGGAGGAUAAGAGUUGGGAUCAUAUUGCACCAUUUCUUAGCCGCCUUUCAAAUCUUCGAAGUGUUUUCGUGCAGUGUGACCCUGAGUUUGAACUAUCUAAGCAACUAAAUACUAUACUGGUUGAAUAUGGUUUAAAUAUUACCGGAAUCAGGGAUUCAAAGCAUCAAUUCAGGUCUUAUUUGAUUGGUGUUGGAAGAUACAAAGAAUUCUUCAAUGCUGUCAGUGAUAGCAUAUCUGAGGUAUUGGCAAGCAGUCAGUCGUCUGAUGCUUCUCUCCCAGGUGACAAUGAUCCUAAUUGGUUGGCCCACAUGGGUGAGGGACAUUCUGUUUCUUUCACUGUGCCUCGGGAUCUUGUCAUGAAGGGAAUAGCUUUGUGUGUUGUUUAUUUAUCAACCUCCAAAAUCACUCAACCUGAACUUACUACUUUCUUAAUUGUUAAUUACACGAAGUGCACAUUGCAUAUACACAACCAUCGCACAGUAAUUUCUUUUAGUGAUGAAGAUUGGCAAGGCAUAAUGUCAAAUUUAGGAUCUGGAGACAAGGUGGAGAUUUUUGUGACUUUUGGUCAUGGAUUGGUGGUUAAGAACACUGCUGUGUAUCUGAUCUAUAAUGAGCCAAAGAAAAAUUCCCUCAUUAAAUUCCUAAAGAAAAUUGGGAUGUGAGUUGUGUUUCUGGAAUGGCUGAAAAACAUGACCACCACCUCGGACUUCUCUAAACUACCUAAUGUUGAGAAGCUCAUUCUCAAAGAAUACCCACGUUUGUGCAAGCUACACCAGUGCAUUGGAGAUCUCUACAAACUUCUGCUGAUAAAUUUGAAGGACUGUACAAGUCUUAGCAAUCUGCCAAGAAAACCUAUAAGUUGAAAUAUGUGAAAACUCUAAUCAUUUAUGGUUGUUUGAAGAUGUAAAAGUUGGAUGAAGACAUAGUGCAAAUGGAAUUCUUGACAACUUUAAUUUCAGAAAAUAUUGCCGUUAAACAAGUUCCUUUUUCGAUAGUAAGAUAAAAGAGCAUUGGAUA